AUGGGGUUCCUCAAUCUCUUCCAUCUGGCCUUUUUGGCCGUCUCCUUCUUCGUCUCGGGGGCACUUGCUGCCUUUGGGUACACCACCUCCGGCAACAACUUUGUCAUUGACGCUGGCUCCUCGAACCCCUUGAUCUUCUCCGUCAGCAAGUCCAGCUGCGACAUCAACUCGAUCAAGUACCGCGGUACCGAACUCCAGUACAGCAGCCAGGGCACCCACAUCGGAUCCGGCCUCGGCUCGGCCACCGUCUCUGUCAGUCAGAUCAAUGGGUCGUCGGCCAAGUUCAUCAAGGUGACCUGUGUCACCUCGACCCUCACCCACUACAUGAUUGUCAAGGAGGCCGACAGCACCAUCUACAUGGCCACCUAUAUCACAGCCGAGCCCUCCAUCGGCGAGCUCCGCUUCAUCGCCCGCUUGCUGCCCGACAAGCUCCCAAGCGAGUACCCCUACGGCGAGGUUUCCACCACCACCGGCUCCUCCUCCACCGUCGAGGGCUCCGACGUCUUCGUCGUCAACGGCCAGACCCGCUCCAAGUUCUACUCCUCCACGCGCUUCAUCGACGAGGACUCGCACUGCGUCUACGGCGGCUCCGACCUGAUGCACGUCUGCGUUAUCACCCCGCAGCAGGAGUCCUCCUCAGGCGGGCCCUUCUUCCGCGACAUCGACUCCAACAACGCCGGCGCCAGCACCAACCUGUACAACUACAUGAACAGCGGCCACGUGCAGACGGAGGCCUACCGCAUGGGCCUGCACGGCCCGUACCUGAUGACUUUCUCCCGCUCUGGCAUCCCGACCCUCAAGAGCGUUGGCGACCUCUCCUGGUUCGGCGAGCUCGGCGUAACGGGCUACGUGCCCGACUCGCAGCGCGGCACCGUCACGGGCCGCGCCUCCGGCAUCCCCUCCGGAUUCGAAGGCGUGGUGCACUGGUACAACUCAGCCGCGCAGUACUGGGUCAAGACGGCGUCCAACGGGCAGUUCACCUCGCCCAAGAUGAAGGCGGGGACAUACACCAUGGUUUUGUACCAGACCGAGUUCAAGGUCGCCACCUCUACCGUGACCGUCUCCGCUGGACAAACCACCACCGCCAACAUCGCCAGCACCUUCAACACCAGCCAUACGACGCUUUUCAAAAUCGGCGAGUACGACGGCCAGCCCACGGGGUUCCGCAACGCCGACAAGUUUCUGCGCAUGCACCCCUCCGACAGCCGCAUGUCCAGCUGGGGCCCGCUUACCUACACCGUUGGCAGCUCUUCUUUGUCGGACUUCCCUAUGGCCGUGUUCAAGAGCGUCAAUAACCCCGUCACUAUCAAGUUCAACCUGGCCAGCAGCGCGGCGGGCAAGGCGGCCACGCUGAGGAUCGCCACCACGCUGGCCUUUGCCGGUGCGCGCCCGCAGGCGGUGGUGAACGGGUGGUCGGCGGCCGCGCCUGCUGCGCCUACCAAGAUUGAUAGUCGUGGUGUCACCAGGGGCGCGUACAGAGGGUUUGGAGAAGUGUAUGAUGUGGCGGUGCCGACGGGCAAGUUGGUUAGUGGGUCGAAUACCAUCACUAUUAGUGCGCUGUCGGGGAGCAGUGGGGAUACGUUUUUGAGUCCCAACUUUAUCUUCGAUGCUGUUGAGCUCUUUUACUAG